AUUACCAAUGAAUCAAUGACUAAUUACUGUCAGAUUCCUACAGGAUUUGACAACUGUCUUCGUGGGGUACCUCCCAAAAGUUUAAAUAAUUCUUCUUAAAAUUCCUUGAAAAUUCCUUUGAAUUCGUGUAGACUGACCAGAGUCCGCGAAUUGGAUCAAUUAUGACUGAACAACACCGGUUUGGAACAACUGUAGCCCCUAUUACUUGUCAUGCUUGGAAUAAACAGAAAAAUCAGAUUGCCAUUUCUCCUAACAACCAAGAAGUUCAUAUUUAUGAAAAAUCUGGUUCGGAAUGGAAAAUAACAGAUAAUCUGGCACAACAUGAUUUGAGAGUUAUGGGAAUAGAUUGGGCCCCAAAUACCAAUCGUAUAGUAACUUGUUCGGCAGAUAGGAAUGCCUAUGUAUGGAAUCAAGAUUCUGAUAAGAAGUGGAAACCCACUUUGGUACUGUUGAGAAUCAAUAGAGCCGCAACUUGUGUGAAAUGGUCACCAGAUGAAAACAAGUUUGCUGUUGGAUCUGGUGCCCGAUUAGUUAGUGUAUGUUAUUUUGAAUCUGAGAAUGAUUGGUGGGUAUCGAAACAUAUCAAGAAGCCCUUAAGGUCUACUGUUACUGCUUUGGACUGGCAUCCAAAUAAUACAUUAUUAGUUGUUGGUUCAACGGAUUUCAAGGUUCGAGUGUUUUCUGCCCACAUCAAAGACAUUGAAAGUGCCCCUGAACCUACUCCUUGGGGGUCUAAGACAACACUUGGAACUCUUUUAGCUGAAUUUUCAAAUUCAUCAUCUGGUGGUGGUUGGGUACAAAGUGUGAGCUUCUCUCCAGAUGGUAAUAAGAUUUGCUGGGUAGCUCAUGACUCCACAGUGAAUGUAGCUGAUGCUUCUAAAGGAAAUGCUACCAUCAAGUUAAGAACUGAGUUUUUACCAUUUAUGAGCUGUACUUGGGUUAGUAACAACUCUAUAGUAGCUGCAGGACAUAGCUGUGUUCCAGUGUUAUACCACCAUGUAGAUAAUGGGAUUGUAUUCAGUGCUAAGUUGGAUGCUUCACAAAAAAAAGAAUCUGGAGGAUUGUCAGCCAUGAAAAUGUUUCACUCACUUGAUAAACAAGCAAGGAGUGAAUCAUCAGAUACUUCUAUUCACUCAAUUCAUCAGAAUGCCAUAACAUGUAUAUGUUUGUAUGAUGGUACAAAAGCAAGCUGUAAGAAACUGAGUACUUCUGGCCUUGAUGGGCUUCUCGUUAUUUGGGAUAUUAACUCACUAGAGAGAUCGAUUCAGGGUUUGAAGAUUGUUUGAAAAUAUUAAUAUUUUAUUUUAUGAUAUAUUGCUUUGAAUUUUUUAUUGAAGUUAUUAUUUGCAUAUUUUUUACUUUUUUAACAGUGAAUUCUAAAAGUUCAUGAAGUUGCCACACACAAUGCAUUUAUAUUCUUUUCUGAUAUUUGAAAUGUUAUGAAAUAAAAAUUGUAAAAUUA